AUGGAUCAAGCAAAGUUGGCGCGCAUGCAAGCCGGAAAGGGUACUCCCCGCAGGAAGGUCAAGAAGGUCCACAGGGCCGCUGGUACCGACGACAAGAAGCUCCAGACCGCGUUGAAGAAGCUCAACGUCCAGCCUAUCCAGGCCAUUGAGGAGGUCAACAUGUUCAAGAGCGACGGAAACGUCAUUCACUUCUCGGCACCAAAGGUCCACGCCUCAGUACCUGCCAACACCUUCGCCAUCUACGGUCACGGUGAGGACAAGGAGCUAACAGAGCUCGUCCCCGGCAUCCUCAACCAGCUCGGCCCUGACUCGCUCGCAUCGCUACGCAAACUCGCCGAAUCCUACCAGAGCAUGCAGAAGGAGAAGGGUGAGGAUGGCGAGAAGAAGGACGACGACGAUGAGGACGAUGAUGACAUCCCCGAGCUUGUCGCCGGCGAGAACUUCGAGUCCAAGGCUGAGGUCGAGUAA